AUGCCCGCGACCACGACCGUUGCUGCCGCUGGCCUCAAGCGGAAGCGGGACCCCGUCCGCGCCGAGCGCCGCGAAGCCAAGGCGAAGAAGCGCCAAAAGUCUCCCGCCAGCGACCCGGGCGACGACGGCGAUGGCGGCGAUGGCGGCGAUGACGGCGAUGACGUUCAGGUCCACAUCCUGCAGCUCGAAGCCCAGAUCCUCGAGUCGCGCCGACACUACAACAACAUCGCGACGCUGCUGCAGCUGUCGAAGCAGUCGCGCGAUGACGCGCCCGUGCUCGCGGCCGUCGGCCUGUGCCGCGUCUUUGCGCGGCUGCUGGCCGCGGGCGACAUGAGCAAGAGCAAGGGCAUGGGCGAGGCCGAGGCGACGGUCGUGGCGUGGCUGAAGGAGCGGUACCGUGAGCUGCUGGACACGCUCCUGCACGAGUUCCUGCGCAGCGACAGCCCCGCGAAGCAGUCGGUGGCGCUCACCCUGCUCAUGCGUCUGGUCAAGGAGGAGUCCAAGGCGACCAGAGACUAUAGCCUCAAGAACGGCCCCCUCUCCCGGGUGAUUGAAGCGCUGCUGUUGCUCCCCAAAGACGACGCCAGCCGGGGCGAGUUCGCGGACAAGUACUUCAAGCGCUUCGACGACGUGCGCUUCCACGCCUUCAAGACGAUCAAGACGCUCCUUGGCACCGACCUCGACGACGGCGAGAAGAAGGUCGUCGCUGCGAACAGCCUGUCGCUGCUGCUGUCCCUCGACACCGUGCCGCACUCGAAAGACGACAUCAACAACUACCACACCGAGUCGCAGUCGAAGAGCUCGCGGCCCACGCUGCAGGCAUACAAGGUCCAGGCACAGGAAGCGUGGUUGGCCACAAUGCGCGCCGGCCUCGACAAGGACCAGCGCAAGGCUAUCCUGACCACCUUUUCGUACCAGAUUGCGCCUUGGUUCCAGCAGCCCGAGAUGCUCAUGGACUUCUUGACCGACUCGUACGACGUUGGCGGUGCGACGUCGCUGCUCGCCCUGUCUGGACUGUACUACCUAAUCUCGGAGAAGAACCUCGACUACCCGUCAUUCUACCUCAAGCUCUACUCCCUCCUCGACGAGGGUCUCCUCCACUCCAAACACCGAUCGCGCUUCUUCAGGUUGCUGGACACCUUCAUGUCCUCGACCCAUCUGCCGGCAGCGCUUGUGGCUAGCUUCGUAAAACGCCUCUCGCGCUUGGCGCUGCACGGCCCACCUGCGGGUGUUGUUGUCGUCGUUCCGUGGGUCUACAACCUGUUCAAGCGCCACCCCGCCUGUACCUUUAUGAUGCACCGCGAGGUCCGCGGUCCGGCCCUCCGGGAGAAGCUUGAGCAGGAGGGCAUGGACGAUCCCUUUGACAUGAGCGAGCUGGAUCCAAUGGAGACCAACGCCAUUGAAAGCAGCGUCUGGGAGCUGGAAGCACUGCAGUCGCACUACCACCCCAACGUCGCAACACUAGCCAAGAUUGUUUCCGAGCAAUUCACAAAACGCUCCUACAACCUGGAGGACUUCCUCGACCACUCAUACACGGCUCUGCUCGACACCGAGCUAGACCGCGACCUCAAGAAAGACCCAGAAGUCGAAUUCGAGAUACCCAAACGCAUCCUCACCGCCGAAGAGGGUCUCAGCCCCGUCGGCCAGCUCCUCCAGCAGGUAAUAGCAGCAAGAUAG